AUUUUUUAUUUUUUUUAUUUUUAUUUUAAAAGCAAUAUGAAUGUGGGGACUGAUUUUAUUCAUGGCUUUCAAACAAUGACUUCUACUCCACGACAAUUCCCUGAUAUUCAACUUAAGGACAUCAAGGUAUAUAUGAUAACAGUUUAUUUAUUGCUAAUUAUUAUUAUUUUCUUUUAACAAAAGGGCAAUAAAUUGGAUAUGAAACAAUUGGCAAAGGAUUAUCGACUUAUUCUUCUUACAUUCAAAAACUCAUCUUGUCCUGUAUGUCCUCAACUUUUACAUAUUUUGAACUUAUAUGGUGUAGACCCUCAUAGUACUACUUAUCAAGAUCCUUUUACAUUGGAAGAAUGGGAAAUUGAUGAAGCAACAAAGAAGUUCUUUCGAAUAUUAUUACGCCAGGAUGCCUACUUUGUUAUACUCUGCCCAGGUCCUUCUAAUGAAGUUGCUCAUAUUCAGAAUAAGACCAACUUUCCAUAUCCUUUUAUUGCUGGUGAUCAAGCUUUAUCAUUAGGCAAGGCUCUGAAAAUGAAUAUGUCUGAUCGAGACCUCUGGCCUGCUAUUUUUGAAGUAACCAUGGAUACAUUGGACGUACAUUCUAUCUAUGUUGGACGAAGCCCAGGUCAUUACUAUCAUCAAACAUUACUCAAAAUGUUAGUACGAGGACGUGGAAAAUGUGAAAUGAAAGGAAUUGCUUCUAUGCGUGAUGCUUAUGACACCAUCGAUCGAUUGAAACGAAAAUCAAUAAAGUGUGAAAAGCAAUCAUUGGCAACGUGGAUAUUGACAUUACCAACAUCAAGAACAGCAAAAUCACCACAAUUACCAGAAUCAACUUUAUCAUCACCCUUACCUUCACCCUUACCCAAUGUAUGCAGUCCCAUUGGAAGUACAACUGGUACAGUGACUAUUUUGACUUCACAACAAGACCAACACAUAUCAGACGAUGUUACUACUCCUACUACUGAUACCAAAGAUACACCUGUUCAACAACUUCCACCUGAAAUUCUUGAAUUGGCAUUAUCAUUUAUUCCUGAUACCCGUUCUCUUGUAGGUGUGGCUCGUGUCUCAAGGUUAUACUACGUCACGGUAUGUAACAUUGUGGGGAAACGAUUACGAAUCAAGAUGGAUCAACUUGCAUUGGCCUUACCUCAAGAUGAAAAUGGGAACAAGUUGGUGGAUGAAACAGAUGUAUUUAGUAAAUAUGUGGAUCGAUGGGGUGAUGAUGAUCAAGCUAUAGGUUAUCGUGAAUUGGAACGAAGGGUAGCAGAAUUAAGACAUUUAAUCGAUGAUAUUGGAAAAUGGACAAGAUGUUGGUCUCCUCGAAGAAAAGCGAUGAAUGAUAAUCGAACAAUGACACCAAUUCUUUCAACCACUCCUCUGAUGUCUCGUUUACCAUUUCAAGCUCCUUUUGAUGACAACUUUGGUAGUUUAGCUUAAUUUAUAUUAUUGUUUAAUUUAGAUGACUAGUUUAGAAAAAUUGAUUUGUAUUUAUCUCUUUGAUGAAAUAAAAAAAAAAAAAAACCAUAU